UGGGACGGGAGGGCUGGGUGACCGGUGCCUCCCGCCACCCGGCAGCGCUCCGCUCCCGGUUCAGGCAGGGAACUGGCGCGGGGGCAAAGCAACACGGAGAUCCGAGAGGCACCCCUGCAAACCCGCUGCGGGCACCCCAAAACAACCCGAAAACCACCCGGCUCCCAGCUCCCCCCCCCCCCCCCCCCCACCAUCCCGGCGUGUGCAGCCCCGUGUUUGCACACCCCCGCGCUGGGACACACACACACACACACGCGCGUCCACGCGGAUGCUCACGCUGUCACUCAGCCGCAUCCCUCCCGCCCUCCCUCCCUCCUUCCCGCAGCACAGGAGCAUGGUGCGCCGCAGAGCAGCGGGUCGGGCGCUGGCAGCCUCCGCUGCCACCAUCGCUUCCCCUCCACAUUGAAAUUUCUGGGGCAAAAGGAGAGGAAAAAGGCUUUUCCGCCGCUCCCGGCCACGACAGGAGGAGAAAGGACCAGCUCCAGGGGGAGAGAGCAGGGCUAGGCCAGGGCGUGAUGGAGCUGCGGCGCGGGAGGAGGAUGCUGAGGUUCUCCUCCGUUCUCCUCCUCGCCUUGGCCUGGCUCUCGGUGCCAGCGGGGGGUCGGCGGCCCCCCCGGCCCCCCCCUUGCCCCCCGAGCUGUUCGUGCACCCGGGACACAGCUUUCUGCGUGGACUCCAAGGCUGUGCCCAGGAACCUGCCCCCCGAGGUCAUCUCGCUAGCCCUGAAGCUUCGUUUCGCUGGCAGGACGAUGGUGAACGCAGCUUUCACGGAGAUCCGAGAGGCAGCUUUCGCCCACAUCCCCUCGCUGCAGUUCCUCCUCCUCAACUCCAACAAGUUCACGCUGAUCGGGGACAACGCCUUCGCCGGCCUCUCACAUCUCCAGUACCUGUUCAUCGAGAACAAUGACAUCCAGGCGCUCUCGAAGGCCACUUUCCGCGGGCUCAAGUCCCUGACCCACCUGUCCUUGGCCAACAACAACCUGCAGACGCUUCCCCGGGACCUCUUCAAGCCACUGGAUAUCCUGAGUGACCUGGACCUCCGGGGCAACACGCUGGCCUGCGACUGCAAGAUCAAGUGGCUGGUGGAGUGGCUGGAGAGCACCAACACCACGGUCCCCGCCGUCUUCUGCAGCAGCCCCGGGCAGUUCGAGGGCCAGCGGAUCCGGGACUUGGCUCUCGGUGACUUCCAGUGCAUCACCACGGACUUCGUGGUGCACCAGGUCCUGCCCUUCCAGUCGGUGUCGGCUGAGCCCUUCACCUACGCCAGCGACCUGUACGUCGCCCUGGCACAGCCCGGUGCCAGCAGCUGCGCCAUCCUCAAGUGGGACUACGUGGAACGCAAGCUACGUGACUUCGACCGCAUCCCCGCUCACUCGGCAGUGCACUGCAAGCCCAUCGUGGCGCAGGACCAGCUCUACGUGGUGGUGGCCCAGCUCUUCGGUGGCUCCUACAUCUACCGCUGGGACACCGCCGUGGACAAGUUCAUCAAGAUCCAAGAUAUCGACAGCCAGAAGACCCGCAAGCCCAACGACAUCGAGGCCUUCCAGAUCGAAGGCGACUGGUACUUUGUCAUCGCCGACAGCUCCAAGGCGGGCUCCACCAGCCUCUACCGCCUCAACCAGAAUGGCUUCUACUCCCACCAAGCCCUCCACGCCUGGCACCGCGACACCGACGUGGAAUACGUCGAGAACGACGGCAAACCCCGGCUGAUCAUCGCCAGCAGCUCCCAGGCCCCUGUCAUCUACCAGUGGAACCGGGCGCAGAAGCAAUUUGUGCCCCAAGGGGAGGUGGGGGAGAUGCUGGACGUGCAGAUGGUGAAGCACUUCAGGGUGAAGCGGGACCAGUUCCUCUGCCUCAGCCGCUACAUCGGCGACUCCAAGGUGGUGCGGUGGGAAGGGCAGCGCUUCAUCGAGCUGCAGACGCUACCGUCCCGUGGCUCCAUGGUGAUGCAGCCCUUCUCAGUGGAGCAACGGCAGUACCUGGCCCUGGGCAGUGACUUCUCCUUCACCCACGUCUACCUGUGGGAAGAGGAGAAGCAGAAAUUCGUCAAGUUCCAGGAGCUGUCGGUGCAGGCGCCGCGGGCUUUCCGUUACGUGCCGGCGGCCGACGUGCAGCUCCUCCUGGCUCCCAGCUUCAAGGCCAACACGCUGGUCUACCGGCACGUGGUGGUGGACCUCAGCCUUUAGCAGGGAGGCAGAGCCUGGGCUGCCCAUACUGGUCCCGGCACGGUUCUUGCCUCCCCCCAACCCCCCCCCCCCCCGAGAGCUGCCCGCUCCUGCCCGCGCACACGCAUGCGCCCGCCAGCCCCUUCCUCCUGCCUGCAGCCGACUCUGCCCUGUGAUCACGUUCCUGUGUCCUCCCCCAAUAUUCACCCACCCCUCAAAGCGCCAGGCAGCACCCAGCCCCGCUGCCAGGGGAAGCCAUGGGCCUCAGUUUCCCCCUCUAUUCCCCCUGGGCAGCAACCCACAGCCACCCCACCCGAGGGAUGCGGGCAGGAGGGUGGGACACCCCUCGCCCUGCAGAGAGAUGCCUUUGGGUGCCUGCUCUGCGGCGCUGGCAGCGAUGGGGGGGACACAGGUGCCUCUGUCUGCUUGGGCAACAGGCUGGAGGCUUGCGGUGGGGAGGUCUGGGGGGAGGGCAUGGGAAUGGGGCGGCAGGCAGGGAGGUGCACAGGCAGGGCCAGACUGCCAGGGCUGGAUGGGAUGCUCCCAGGAUGAUGGGAUGCUCAGAGAUGGGUGGGGAUGGGAUGAUCGGGGUGGAUGGGAAGCUCUGAGGCCAGUGAGAUGCCCUGAGGUGGAUGGGAAUGGGAUGAUCGGGGUGGAUGGGCUGCUCCAAGGCCAGCGGGAUACUCCAAGGUGGAUGUGGAUGGGAUGCUCAAGGUGGAUGGGUUGCUCCAAGGCCAGUGGGAUGCUCCAAAGUGGAUGGGAUGCUCCAAGGCAGAUGGGGAUGGGAUGCUUGAGGCCAGCAGGAUGCUCUGAGGUGGAUGUGGAUGGGCUGCUCCAAGGUCACUGGGAUACUCCAAGGUGGAUGGGAUGCCCCGAGGUGGAUGGGAUGCUCCGAGGUGGAUGGGAUGCUCCAGGCUGGCAGGAUGCUGCCGAGGCGGUGCCGCCGCCCACGGAAGCAGGGCUGGCCUUCUCCCGUCCCCCUCCGUGCAUGUCCGCCAGUUCCCGUGGCCGGGCAGGACCCCCAUGCCAGCCGGACCCGAGGUGUACGUGCCCCCCGAAACGCUCCCCACAAUAAACACACUGUGACUCCCGGC